GACGCAACACUCGUCGCGCGGAACGUGACGGGAGGCUUAGAUGCGGACGGGUACCGUCUGUCAGUCACUCCUCUAGUAGUUCCUGCGAAGGAGGCGGCGCCAUGGCGGUUCUAUUGGAGACCACACUGGGAGACAUCGUCAUUGACUUGUACACCGAGGAGCGGCCGCGCGCUUGCUUGAAUUUCCUGAAGCUGUGCAAAAUAAAGUAUUAUAAUUAUUGCCUUAUUCACAAUGUACAGAGGGAUUUUAUCAUACAGACAGGUGAUCCUACAGGGACUGGCCGUGGAGGAGAGUCUAUAUUUGGACAACUGUAUGGUGAUCAAGCAAGCUUUUUUGAAGCAGAAAAAAUGCCAAGGAUUAAGCACAAGAAGAAAGGCACUGUGUCCAUGGUGAACAAUGGCAGUGACCAACAUGGAUCUCAGUUUCUUAUUACUACAGGAGAAAAUCUAGAUUACCUUGAUGGUGUUCAUACAGUGUUUGGGGAGGUGACAGAAGGCAUGGACAUAGUAAAGAAAAUUAAUGAGACCUUUGUUGACAAGGAUUUUGUACCAUAUCAAGAUAUCAGGAUAAAUCAUACAGUGAUUUUAGAUGAUCCAUUUGAUGAUCCUCCUGAUUUAGUAAUUCCUGAUCGAUCACCAGAACCCACAAGGGAACAAUUAGAUAGUGGUCGAAUUGGAGCAGAUGAAGAAAUUGAUGACUUCAAAGGAAGAUCAGCUGAAGAAGUAGAAGAAAUAAAGGCAGAAAAAGAAGCCAAAACUCAAGCUAUUCUUUUGGAGAUGGUGGGAGACCUACCUGAUGCAGAUAUUAAGCCUCCAGAAAAUGUGCUGUUUGUAUGUAAAUUGAAUCCAGUGACCACAGAUGAGGAUCUGGAAAUAAUAUUCUCAAGAUUUGGGCCAAUAAGAAGUUGUGAAGUUAUUCGGGAUUUGAAAACAAGAGAAUCCCUCUGUUACGCAUUUAUUGAAUUUGAGAAGGAAGAAGACUGUGAGAAAGCAUUCUUCAAAAUGGACAAUGUACUUAUAGAUGACAGGAGAAUACAUGUGGAUUUUAGCCAGUCUGUUGCAAAGGUUAAAUGGAAAGGAAAAGGUGGGCAGUAUACCAAGAGUGAUUUCAAGGAGUAUGAGCAAGAACGGGAUAAAUCAUCCAAUUUGGUUCUGAAAGAUAAAGUCAAGCCCAAACAGGAUGCAAAAUAUGAUCUUAUACUGGAUGAGCAGGCAGAAGACUCAAAAUCAAGUCAUUCACAUACAAGUAAAAAACACAAAAAGAAAACCCAUCACUGCUCUGAAGAAAAAGAAGAUGAAGAUUACAUGCCAAUCAAAAAUACUAACCAGGAUAUCUACAGGGAAAUGGGUUUCGGUCAUUAUGAAGAAGAGGAAAGCUGUUGGGAGAAACAAAAGAGUGAAAAGAGAGACCGACAUCAGAACCGCAGUCGCAGCCGGUCUCGAGAAAGGGAUGGCCACCACAGUAACAGCCACAAGUCCAAAUACCAAACAGAUCCAUAUGAAAGGGAAAGGAGCAAAAAGAGAGACCGAAGCAGAAGUCCAAGGAAAUCCAAAGACAAAGAAAAAUCUAAGUAUAGAUAAGAGGAAGAAUUGGAAAUGAACAGUUACAUGUUUACUCUUACCUGACUUUUAUAAUGUAUCAGGAGAGAUGGUCAUCUGCUUUUAUGUCAAAGCAGGUAGAUUCUGCUUGGUAUUUUGUUUUCUUUUCAUAUUAAAAGUAUAGCCUUUGUAGAUUAAUACUGAUAAUACAGGACACUGAAGAUAAUUGAACAUUUUCUUGUAUACUUUUUUAUACUAAUUUUAUUGUUAUGCAGACAUGGUAGCAUUCAUAUUUAACACCUUUCAUAUUUUCAGUCCUUUUUAAAUUAAGUAUUUCAUAUCACAGAAAUACAUAAACAUGUAUAUAAGACAUAAAGAAGAAUAAAUAUAAAUAUCUGUGUACCUAACAGCCAGCUUAAGAAAUAGAAUAUUACUUAUUUUAGAAGUUCUGUAUGUUUGCUCUGAGUUUUGUGUUUGUUCCCUUGCUUGUUGUAGUUUUACUCUGUGUGUGUGUGUGUGUGUGUGUGUGUGUGUGUGCCUAAAUGAACUGUUAAUUUUGUAUGUUUUUGAAUUUUAUAUAAAUGGAAUAAUGUAUGCUUACUUCUGAUUUUCAUCAAUUUAGUAUUUCUAAACAUACAGUUUAAUUUUCUGUUCAUGGGCUUUGGGUUUGGUUAGUUUUUGCUAUCUAAACAAUACUGCUGUGAACUUCUGUCUGGGAGUGAUAUUAUCUAGUUAUAUGGUUUGAAUUUUCAAUGCAUUUAAAAUUAUGGUUGUAAUUUAUAUGGCAUGUGGAUGUUAUAUGGUAGAGAAGAGUUGGCCACAGGAAUAUCAGUCCACCACAUGGCUCAGAGCAGAUAUUGUUCCACUAUUGUACAUAUUCUGGGCCACCAAUAGAAAAGGUUUAAUUAUAUAAGAAACUAUCAUCCUGGCUGGGGAGGUGGCUUAGUUGGUAAAGUGCUUGCCUCACAAGCGUAGGACAGAUUUCAGAUCCCCAGCACCACAUGGAAGCAAGGUGUAGCAGUGCACAUUUGUAGUCCCAGCACAGAGGAGGCAGAGACAGGUAGAGUUCCAGGUUCAGUCAGAGACUUUGUCUCAAAAGUUAGGUGGAGAGAAAUUGAGGAAGGCACCCAACAUUGACCUCUGGCCUCCACAUGGUUGUGCAAAGAUGUGCACACACACACACGCACACACACACACACACACACACACACACACUCAAAUGUAUACAUAAUACCACACAAAGAGAAAUGAAUAAAUCUAUCCUGAAUAGAGAAAUAUAAGUAUUGCUUGUAUAGUCUGAGAGAAUGAGCAAGAGAGAGAUGUGAGGAGACGUGACCUCCUGACAGGUAGAACUUGAAUUCAGUAGACCCAGAGGAAAAUCAGAGUAGUAAAACUCUGGAUUUCAAGGAAAAGCUAUUGUGUUUGUUGGUUUUUCUUGAGACAGGGUCUCACUAUGUCGCCCUGGCUGACCUGGAACUUGCUAUGUAGACCAGUGUGGCAUUGAACUCACAGAGACCUACCUGCCUCUGCCUCUCAAGUGCUGGAAUUAAAGGUGUGUGUCACCAUGCCCAGUGAAAAAACUAAAAUUGAAAAUUAUGAGAAACUAUGAGAAACUGUGGUUUGUGGGCUUAUUUUUCUCAGUUAUUUAAUUGACAGUAAAUAUAUACAUAUAUAUAUGUUUAUGGGGGUAUGAUAUGUUUUGAUAUAUGUUCACAUUCUGGAAUGAGUAAAUCAGUUUAUAAACAUC